AUGGCUGUUGUUAAUUUAAGUUUUUUAAAAAUCUUAAAAACCAUUAGAUUAGUUUUAGUAUCUGAUCCAGAAAUAAUAACUGAAGGUAAAAACUAAAAAUAAGGAAAUUUAUAAUAUGAUACUGAAGUAUUAAGAAGAUUUAGUGACUUUGAAUGGCUUUAUAAUUAAUUAGUUAAUAAAUAUGGAGGAUUUUUAGUUCCUUUGUUACCUGAAAAAAAUAUAUUAACUAAAUUUAAUAAAGAAACUAUGAAUUUUUCUAAUGAUAGAAAGAAAAAUUUAGAGUAUUUUUUAUAAAAAUUAAUUAAUCAUUCUUUUUUGUAAUAAACUGAAGAACUUUAGCUA